UGGGGUUUCCUAACUCGGUUGCGCAACCAAGAUAGCUAUUUUAAAUUUCGCGGGAAAAUUUUCUGCAACGUCAGGGCAACUUUUGCGAUGCAUUCUGGGUACCGUGUAUUUCAAAACAAAAUGCCAGGUCCACCUAGAGGUAGAAGCGAAUCGGUAAGAAAAAGGUAUCUUGCUGCCUAUGGAAAGUCAAGAAGAUCUCAGACUAUCAACAUUGGCACGCAAAUAUAGAUGGAAAGAACUGCAGGAGGAAUUGGGAGCCAGAAAACACGAGGAUGUGGCGAAAGCGCUUAUCGACAGGUACAGAGAGUUAACAACAGUCAAGAGGAAAAAGCUGACGAUUCCAGAAAGAAUAGCUGACUCAUCUGCAUCUGAUUCCAAUCAUGGUGAAGUAGUUAUGUCUGGUGUAGAACUGCUACCUACCACAUCUGAUUCAGAAAUAAGUUUGCAAGGGCCUUCUAAAAAAAGAGCAAAAGGACCUGUGUCCACAUCAACACCAAUUUCUGCACAACCUCGUGUAAGUGACAGUGAGUUGUCAGCGGCAUCUUCGGUGGAAGCUGAGAGAAAAAGUAGAAAAACUAGUGUUGAUCAGAGAAAAGAAAAUCCAGGGAACAAAGUACAAAACCGUUCCUUCUCAAUAAGGUAUAUUUAUUUGUUUCAAAGAAGAAUGGUUUAUUGUUUUUAUAAAGUCUGUCUGAAGAGUGCUUUCCUGCUUGUCCACACACAAUUUGUUAUUUAAAUUUGAG